AUGCAAGUUCCUGUUACUAUGAAGAUCAGUAAUGAAACGAUUCAAAUAAUAACGCAAAGGAAACAAGAAAUAUUUAAUGGAUUAAGCUGUUUUCUCAACGAUGUCUACCAUAUUUCAGAGAUCGAAGACGUUCUCCUUACUCACAGACAUGAUGAUGAAUUUAUUAUUAAACAAGACCUUGGAAGACCAACACUUGCUUUUACAAGUCCAAAAAAAGAAGCUAUAAUUCAAGCUAUUCGCUCCUCCAAAGCUAGAUAUCAAAUAGCAAAACCCACAAAUAUUACUGAGAGAGUAAUUCGACCUAAUGAUGUCCCUGGUACAUUAUUAAAUAUGGCACUCCUUAACAUAGGAAGCGAUGAUCCGAACUUGAGGCUUGCAGCAUAUAAUUUACUUGUAGCUUUGAGCCUCAUAUUUAAUUUUGACGUUGGUGGUCAAUUACUUGCUGCAAAAGGGUUAUGUAUUCCGGCAAAUAAUACAAAUUUUGUCGUAAAUUUAAGUGAGAGGCUUGCACAAUCAGAACCACAUCUUACGCAGGAUUUCUUAUCCGAAUUCUUUGUCGGAUUUAGUAAGUCUAGCACACCUUUGAAGCAUCUGUGUCUUCAAUACAUGGCACCUUGGUUGUCAAAUUUGGCAUAUUUCAGCAGAAAUGGAACGGACAAUCAAAAUCAAAGCGAAAAAACAAGAGAAAUAAUCAAGAGCUUGAUCGAACUAACGGCAAAAGAAAAUGAAAUGUAUAAUGCUAUUCAAUCUAAAGUAUGGCAAACUUUAGGAAAAGUUGACGAAAUUACAAAUAUAAUAAUUGAUGAAUUUGUUCAAUAUGCUGUUCACCACGGUAUAAGCUCAAUGCAAUCCGAAACAGUUGCCAAUACCAUUGUAACACUAUCCUCCAUAAAUAUUCGUGGCAAAAUAAUUGCCAAAUUACGACAGUUUAUUGCACGAACAUCAUUAAACUCAACAAGGACACUUACAGAAAAUCCAGUAUGGCCGCAAAUAGCAGCUUUAGUUCGGUUCAAUUUAAUGUUAUCAUUUAAUAAUCGCCAUGUUCAUAUGUUUUUACCGGAAUUAUUUUAUGUAAUUUCUAUACUUGUUGCUACUGGUCCGCCGCUAAUAAGGGCUUCAAUCCAUGGACUUAUUGUAAAUUUAGUUCAAUCAUUGUGCACAUCAAUGCCACUAAGUGAAGCAAAUAUAAAAAGAUUGAAUAUAUUAUUAACCGAAUUAUCGGAGCCAAAUUUCAGAUACUUUUUUGGUCUAAACAAUGUAUCCGGAAAUGCAUUUGUUAUAUCUCAGGAGUCUGCUAAUGACAUGCCAGAUACAAUGCCUCUUGCUUCUCUUGAAAAAAUAGUGCAAGCACUCUUAGAAGUAAUGAUAUGUGGUGCUGGAUCUGUUGAUAUGUCAAAUAUGUGGAGAGCACGAUGGAUGGGUCUAGUUACAAGCACUGCAUUUCAAAAUAACCCAGCAAUACAACCAAGGGCAUUCGUAACUCUAGGUUGCCUGGCUCGUGAAGAAGUUGACGAUGAUCUCCUAUAUCAAAUAUUAGUAUCAUUAAAUGGGAAUUUAUCCAGUGAUAGCCGUUAUCUACAACCAAUGUUCUGGCUAGCAAUGUCCCUUGUUCAAAUAGGUCACAUUCCAAUAUUUCCAAGUGCCAUUAAUUUAUUGCAUGAGGUUCUUAAAACGUUGGAUAAUCAUUGUUUUUUUGCAACUGAAAACAUUGCCACCGUUCUUCUUAGGGCACGUGAACCUUUAGAAACAGUUGCCAUCAAAAUGGAUAAGGAAUGUGGAAUUAAUUAUAAUCACUUUUCAUUUGCAGUAGCGGCUACACUUCUGAAAGGAUUGAAAAAUCCAGUCACAAAAACCGGUACACUGGCAGUACUUACAUGUUUCUUAGACAUUGCUUCAAAAGGUGUGUUAGGUGAACGAACAAACAAGAAUAUAAUAGAUUCUAGUAUGUUAGGAUAUCUAGCAGCUCUUUUGCCAGUAUCUGCAAAAAAUGCAGAUAUGCGAGAAUUGCUCUGGCUCUGUGGAAUCUUUGAUACUGAAGUAGAAAAUUCCGAACUUGGAACAACUUAUUAUAAGAUUUUUGAAAAUUUGGAUAUUCCUGAUAAUCAGACAGGCUUAUUGUUAAUUUCUUUAAUGGUUGCAAUGCUGCAAACCGCAGAGAACGAGCCAGAAAGACUAUUUCUUUAUGGAUUUCUCUCAGAAGCUGCUGUAGCAUUACCUGAAGUGUUUGCUUUAGUUUAUGAUAGCUUACUUCCUAAGAUGUCACAAAUAAUUAAUAGCAGUGAGACAAUACCAAUUCUUGAUUCAGUUCAAUCCAUUUUGUACACUGUUGUUUCAUCCGAAGGACAAUAUGGAAGCAGACAAAAUGCGAUUGCAAAUGGUAGAAUAAACCAAAUGCCAUCAUACCUUGAAGAAAUUGGUUUCAUUAACUUGAUGGAAUGUGGAUCUUUCUUAACAGUAACUAAAGAAAAAAUGAAAAUCAAUGCUACAUAUGCAAGCGAAUUGCGUUUCAUUACUAAACUUCAUCCAUUAAGAAUACUUGAUUUUUCAACACCUUUUCCGUAA